CUCCUGGUUCAAGAUGCCAUCACAAUUGAUCUGAUCAUAUCAACGAUGGCGUCUAAAGGCUUGCCGAGCUUUUCAAGGAGCUUUAGGAGUAUAAGGACGUUUCCAACGGGUGUUAAAGAUCCCCUUACACAAUGCCUGGCACCACGACUCUCACGGUCAAUGGCAACAGAGACAUCAAUGCCAGCGAACCUCACACAAGAAUUUAAUCCUUCCUUCCUAGAGACUGCAACGGAUCCGACAUAUUCACUCCCAGACCCAACCGUCCUCACAACCAUCUACAAAUUUCCCACGAUGGAACCCGUACGAUUCGAAUCCUACGACAGUAAGCAUCUGCAUCUUCCGCUACGUCGAGAUAUCCUCCACCGGGCCGUGGUCUUUGAGGGCGAUGCAACUCGUCAAGGAACAGCAAGUGUGAAGACCCGUUAUGAAGUCCACGGAUCGCACCGCAAGAUCAGACCGCAGAAAGGAAGUGGAAGGGCCCGUUUAGGUACGGCGCAAUCUCCUAUGCUGAGGGGUGGAGGAAAGUCAUUUGGACCGCAUCCUCGCGAUUUCGCUACAGGACUGCCCAGGAAGAUGUAUGAUAUAGCGUGGAGAACAGCUUUGAGCUGGCGCUACAGACGAGGGGAGCUUAUAAUAUGUGAGGAUGGGAUGGACAUUGAGUACCCGAAGACUCUAUUCAUCAAGCAUAUAUUCUCGCACAAUCACUGGGGCCGAGAGGACGGAAGGACACUUUUGAUCACGAAUAGCUUCAGGGAGAAUCUGGCCACGGCUUUGGCGCCAGCCGGUGAGGAAGGAAGGGUCCAAUUAGUGGAGGAUGUGGAUGUGAAAGAUUUACUGGAGCUCGGAAGAGUGAUUAUUGAGAAAGGAGCACUGGAGCAGAUCUUGAGUGAGCAUCAGAGCGAUCUGGUGCCCAGGAUCAAAAGUGUACAAUAGGUUCCGUAUCUGAGAGCUCCAUGGGCUGUGUAUAUCUCUUGUACAAUCAAAUUUCCUCAACAGCUAACCUUUGUUGACUGAAUAUGAAAUCUAAUCGAACGUUCUCCAAUCGCUCCGAAUUUGAAUUCAGUGUGGUUUCAAAGUUGUCUGAAGUCUAGAGUUGAUUGGCUUGAGACCUUCGCCGAGCGAAGGGAGCAUGGAAGAGACUGCAUUUAGCGACACUGUAUUGAUUUGCGACCCGGAGCUUUCCCUCCGUUCCCUUGACAAUAUUGAGGAUUUAUACACAGACGACCCCCCCCCCCCCCCACACGCCUCCCCCUGGUCAGACGAAUCAAAAGCUUCAGAAUCUCUAGCAAUUGCGAAGGUACAAUAGCUCAAACAGCAAUAAAAUCACAUAUCUCCCACGCUCCGUACUAUCCCCCCCCCUAAACAAACGUUAAAGGUGUACUUUUGUGGGCUAAACACCUGGAAGGCGUACUCUAACUGGUAGACGACCCUGGCGAUACUCAGAGCACGAGCUAAAUUCUGGUCAAUCGUAAAAGCAAGGGUGGCUGUAGAAGGUUCGAGAUGAAGUUGAAGCAGUGUUAGUAUCCUUAUUGGAUAGACGCCCUGGCUAGCUACCCACACGAGGUCCAGUUUUCAUGAGGUUUAACGUUUGUUUAGGGGGGGGGAUAGUAUUAACCCUAACUAACCCUAACUAACCCUAACCUUUAGGAAUACACUCGAGAGUUGUACAGGCCAGCAUCCGACUGACUUCUAAUGCAAUCGCAUGACAGCUACUGGAAAUGAGCUGCUGGAAAUUGUUCAAUACUGCAGCUACCCGUUUUCAGGUUACGUAGCCGUAGCCGUCCAAGAGAGUGCACAUCGGCGCCUUAUGUUCACAAUCGCAGACCCGAUUUAAUGAUAUCCGACGCCUUUUCAGCAACCGCAUAAAUAAGGGUCUGCGUAUUUCCUUGCAGUAUUAAUGGGAAUACAGAAGCAUCAACAAUCCUCAAAUCCGUCACACCAGAAACUUUCAGCUCGGUAACUACAACGCCUCCUCCUUGCAGUGGCAACAUAGCACAUGUACCUACGGCAUGAUAUAAGGGUUUCGCC